UCACCACCACCACAAAUUAUUCACUUCACUGUCCCCACCACAACCACUAUAACUACUAAUUAAACCCUUCCAAAUCCUCACAAUCCUUUCAUCCAUCCAUGGCGUCAUCGUCUUCCCAAGCUGAGCUUCUUCCUCUCAACCAUGAUGAUUCUCAAGACAUGGUAAUUUACCAAGUCCUCACCGAAGCCAACGCUCUUCCACCUUCUCACAGAUCGACUGCAGCUGCACUAGUCCCUGGCCUCCGUCAGGCCACCACCAGCGGCCACGUCAAGAAGCACUACCGGGGCGUGAGGCGGCGGCCGUGGGGGAAGUAUGCGGCUGAGAUCCGGGACUCGGCUCGCCAUGGGGCUAGGGUUUGGCUGGGGACGUUUGAGACGGCGGAAGAGGCCGCCUUGGCUUACGACAGAGCUGCUUUCAGAAUGAGAGGCUCUAAGGCUCUUCUCAAUUUCCCUCGUGACGUCGUAGCUUCUUCUUCUUCUAUUUUCAGACCAGAAAGAUUGAAUGAUAAGGUUUCUUCUGAGUCUGAUUCAAGUGCUGCUGUUGGCUCAUGUGCAAGUUCUGUUAAGAAUCCGAGUUUGAUUCCAGAUAGAUGUGACGUGUAGGUAAUUUUGAUUUGAAUUUAGAUGAUGUGAGGGUAGAAAAUCUACGCAGUGAGAAUAUUAGGCAUCAGAAUUAUGAUCCCAAAUUUGAUUUAUUUCUUGUGGAUUCAAAACAAAAUUUGGUAUGUGUUUUGGCAUAAUAUAAUUGAUUGUAUUUAUUUAUCUAGGUAGUUGGAGCCUACUUUCUGCAUCAAGGUUAAUUUGAAAUAUUGUGCUCAGUUGUAAUUGUUUAUGAAUUAUAAGUAAUGUGAUUUUUCUUAUAUAUUUUAUAA